AUGGCGAACGGCUGGUCCCUCCUCAUCUCGAUCAUCUUCAUCGUUGUCUUCUCCAUCGUAUCCUGGUUCGCGUCGCCCAAGGGAGAAACUCAGACGGUCUGGAGAAGCACGCUCGUGCUAAGCGCUUGGGCCUGCUGGUUGAUGUGGGCAAUAACCUUCCUCGCACAAUGGCAUCCGCUCAUCACCCCUCAACGAGCGGACUUGCGGCCUGAGUAUGUCAACGGACCGGUGAAGAGCAAUGCUGCAAUGUUGUUUUGAGCGCGUGACGAUGCAUGGGAGGGGCGUUUUGGUAUGGGAUGAGGCGUUAGAGCAGCUCUACAGGACAGCGUGGCGUGCUUCGCUUCACGAUAACUCCUGUAUAGCACAUGAUGACCAGAAAAGCAUCACCGUCUACUGGUUUGCCACUCCCAUUCGUGGCGACCGAGCGUUGUCAGCUACAAGCAGAUACAUUCCGUACCCCCAUCACCCCAGC